UACCUUGAUAGAUAGAAAAAAACAGGAAGUGUUCAGCAUUAUACUGACACGAGCCAAAUGAAACUACCCUGACUGACUACAUUUCUGAGAGACUGAACGUUGCGAAUAUCACACUAUACUCAGGAAAAUUACUAUUGAAAUCGACAAGACUGUUCCGGGUUGUUUGAUGCAUCGUUUCAGAGCCCAGGAGAGGCUCGGAAAACCAAUUUUACUUCAGUUUCUGACCAGCUGGUUUACCAACUUGCUGCUCUAACAAUGUGCAUCUCUCUCUUCUUUGGGACAGCAUAAUCUGUUGCUUCACUCUCCACAGAGUCAGAAUGGGCAACCUAACUGGUAAACAUGACAGUCAUCAUAGUCCUACAAACCAGUCUUCCAAGAUUGUGUGUGACACUGAGACGCGAAGACUAACCAUGGACCCACAAGAGGACAAUGAAGUCUUUGCCGAGGCAGAUGUUAAUCAGAACAAUGGAUCUUCCUCAAAGCAGAAGAAGAUGGUAGCGCCAGGCUCCAAGAGUGUAGAGGACCCAAAGAAUGCCUGGAAGUCGCCCAGCACAGCUGAGCCAGCUGGGCGCCCACACUUGGUCCGCCUCUUUUCUCGUGACGCGCCAGGACGUGAGGACAACACCUUCAAAGACCGCCCAUCGGAAUCCGAAGACCUUCAAGCCAUCCAAGAGGAUAGCUCAGUUCCUGUGUCGAGCUCAGAUUUGAUGGAAGUGCAGAAACUGUCCUCACAAUCAUCAGCUAAGAAGGGACAAGUAGCAAAACAAAUGGCAUCCGCAAGCGCUUCAGACCAUGCAAAGCAAGCUGGAGGAGCCCACUCAAGGCAAAGAGACUCGGGGAUACUCGACCAACUGGGAAAGUUUUUUGGGCAAGAAGGUUCCAGGAAAGUACCUGAGAAGGGCAAGGAACCUGCAACCAGGAGUGUGCUAAUGGCCCCAACCACACACAAGGCCCAUCAAGGAGCAGGGAGACAAACCGAUGAUAGCGCUGUUGUCCACUUCUUUAAGAAUAUGAUGUCACCAAAGAAAGCCCCAGUAAAACAGAAGGGUACGGAUGGACAAAGGCCACAUUAUGGGGCAGCUGGUUCUUCCAAGUCAAAGGAUGCUUAUAGAGGACGGAGAGAUGGCUCAGGCACCCUCUCAUCUUUUUUCAAAAUGGGGAAAAAGGGUGAAGGUUCACCUGCUAGACGUUAAAUCCACAUCAAUGACUGCAGCAGAAAGGAAUGCUUCAAAAGUGGAAAAUAAAUCCUUGCUCGGUGUUGUGUAUUAAUAGUCUUACCACUUCACGUAUUAACUGGCAUUUACUCCACCCUCAAAAAAAUGACUGGCAUACAAAUAUGAUUGAUCCAUUACCGAUCAGGUUUAUAGCAAGGUUGCUUAACUCAAAUGAUCUGUUAACUCAAUUACUUUAAAGCAAGAAAACACCUUUUAUUAAAAAUUUCUUUAAUUUGAACCACAGGGUAAUAUGAGUAAAAAGUAAUUUUAACAGUAGACUGUAUAAGUUGUAUCUUAAAUGGAAUAUUUUAUUACUUAUAUUUCACUCCAUGGUUAUUAUAAUGGCCUUAAAGGUGUCAAGAUUCUUAAAAACUUUAUUUUCAAUGGCCUUUUCUAUAAACACAGAAAUAAGGAACCUAAUCUAUUUCAAAAAGGUUUAUUGCAUCUUGACAUAGGCUUGCCUUUUUUCCAUCACCAUCUAUUGGCAGAGUUCGCUGCAAAACAAAAUUAAGACAAUUGUUUGCGUUUUACUAAAUAUUUUAGCACCGUAUAAAACAAAACUCAUCUGGCCAUUGCUAUGAAGAUCAAUAAACUCCAGUUGGAACAUACAUGCCAUUGGUGACUUGGGCCUGAAGCAGUUCAGUAGCACUGCGUGUUAAAGCUGCUGAAUCAUUCUGCACUCGCACCAUGUAAAGUUUAGUGUGCUGUAAUGAACAUAAGCAGCAUUACCAGUUGUAAAGCUGUGAAACACCAAGGGUAUUAUACUAACCUGAAACUAAUGCUAACUCUUAGCACGGAGAGGUUUGUUUGAUUAACUAAAUUCCAUAGGAAUGGCCCACUGCCUGCCCAUUCCUAUGUGAGUGCUCUUUGGAAUUGCACUGUUUUUUGUAACUGAAAUAAUAUUUUAUGUUUAUAUUUAUACCCCAAUUUGUUUUCUUCGUCUCCGCAAUACUAUUCAUGCAUUAAAUAGCAACCUUAUGCUCAAUAAAACCUCAAGGUGACAAGUGGUCAACUUUCUCACAGCUAGCAUGCAGUAACUGGCAUUUACGUUAAAUGUUGCAAAGACUUGUAAAUAAUGCUAAUAUGCAAUGGACAAAACAACACUAAACACCACCCACCCAAAUAUUUUGAUGAAAGUGAGGUACACGUUCCCAGAUCUCAAUAAUGUUAGUAUUCUUCAUAUGGUGCCAGACAUUUUCUACUGGAGAUGCAGAACAAAUGCAAACCAGCCGCAUCUUUCCUCAGUACUGAAUCCUGCUGCUACUGCUCCUCUUCAAUAAGAAAUGUUUCUUCGUCGUUUGUGAUUUAAAAUACAAUGGAUGACCUGAAAUGUUCUCCAGCUAUCACCUGCUCCUUUUUUUUUGCAUUCUCCAAUCGAUAAUGCUAAAAAAUGAACGGGCAGUUGGCUGGGGAAGAGUUAUUAACAUUGGUUUUCCAAUAUAUUGCCAGUUUAUGUAUGGUAACAUGCUUCUAGAGAAUACAUACUAGGAAAAGCUGAGUGAGCAUUUGUGAACAAAUUUUUCCGAAUGUAUAUGUAAAAUAAUGCAGCUAAACACUGUGUUUGUCCACGUGAAAAUAAAGUUAAAAUUAUAAUUCAA